AAAUCUCCCACAUGCUUUGCGACGUUCCAGUGUCUUGGACCGCGAUGCGGUAAAGAUGCUCCCACGCCGGCUAUCUUCUGAAUUCCACCUCUUUGGGUUUCUCCGCCGCCGACUAGCCGCUUUUCUCGCUUCCAUUCCACUGCCCACUUCUCGAUCUAACCAAAACAGAUAGAAGAAGGAUGGGCGCCGUGGUGAAGAAGGGAUGGGAGAACUACAUGCUUCAACUCCAACUCCACCCUCUGAGAACCAAAAUGCUCACUGCCGGCGUUUUGGCUGGGAUUAGCGAUUCGGCGGCGCAGAAGCUCUCGGGCAUUCCGAAGAUCCAGCUGAGGCGCCUUCUCCUAAAAGUGCUCUUUGGCUUUGCUUAUGGCGGACCAUUUGGGCAUUACUUGCACAAGUUGUUGGAUAUCAUUUUCAAAGGAAAGAAAGACUCCAAGACGGUGGCUAAAAAGGUGCUCCUGGAGCAGGUGACAUCUUCACCCUGGAACCAUUUCCUUUUCUUGAUGUACUAUGGGUUGAUCGUCGAGAGCAGGCCUUGGCCAGAGGUAAAGGAGAAAGUCAAGAAAGAUUACCCCUCAGUGCAGUUGACUGCAUGGAUGUUCUGGCCGGUGGUAGGGUGGGUAAAUCAUCAGUACAUGCCUCUACAGUUCCGUGUUAUAUUCCAUAGCCUUGUUGCUUGUUGCUGGGGAAUAUUUUUGAAUCUUCGUGCGAGGACCAAGGCCUUGAACAAGUGAUGGAAAAGCUCAGAGGAGGAGCUCGUUGCUAUUGCUGCUGUAUUCUACCCAUUAAGUUUAGAAGUUGUACGAACAACAAAUGUGUAUGUUUAUGUUGGAGAUCGACAAUGUGAACUAGAUUUAAUAUCAUUACUGAGAGAACUUCAUGUGUCCAA